AUGGACACAUCACCGCAGGCGGGCUCGAACAAUGUGACCGUCGAGUAUACCGACCCCUCCGGUUUAUUCCCCUCCGUUCAGCCCAUAAUCGAGAGCAAGUUACCAUUGAAAAACCUUCAUUGGAAGUCUCCCACCCGCCCCGUUCGCUCCAUCGAAUCGCUCCGUAUCGGCUUCGUCCCUGGCCAACAUGACGUCGCUGAGCGCAAGUCGUCCAGUGAUACGAUCGCUGGCGCAGUCACGCAUCAUCGACGACAUCAGAUCCCAGGACUGCGCCAAACACCUUACUUGAAGAUCUAUCUCCUCCGCUGCGAUGACAACGAAACCUACAAGGCCUCCGCCCGAAAGGCGGUGCGCGAAUGGAUCAAAACCCACGCCGCGGCGGCGCCACAGUCCACCACAUCGACCAGCAGUCAAGAGAAACAUGACGCCUUCGAGUGGCUGAUUCUACACGUGGUGCAGGACGGGAGUGGAGCGGACAAGGCCGUCCCCUCUUCGAAAUGGGGUCGCGGGACCACGACCGUCCUGGAGAAGGUCAAGGCGGACUUCAACGGGUCAUCCAAGUCCGCCGUGGACCGCGUGGCUCAAUUGCGUCUACCCAAGCCCGGGACAAACCAGAAGCCUCCAGAGCUGGCAGACCAGGUUGAGGAUUUGGUGGAGAAGAUCAAGAAUGCCAUUCUGGCAUCGUUUGAUCUUCGUGUUGCUCAGUAUGAGGAGGACAUCAAGGAAAAGGAUUCCCAGCGGAGUCUCCCUGGAUGGAACUUUUGUACCUUUUUCAUUUUGAAGGAAGGCCUUGCGCGGGGCUUUGAAAAUGUUGGGUUAUACGAUGAUGCAUUGGUCGGAUAUGAUGAACUUUCUGUCGGCUUGGAUACUGCAAUCAACGAACAACUUGAAGGGACCAAUGAUCAGCACGGCGGUGCUUUCCUUACAUGCAGUAAGGAUUGGAGGGAAAAGGCUCAGGCAGUUCUCAAUUCGCAGUCUGCUGAUGCAGAGGAUGCCCCCAAGAGUGGAGAUGAAGUGCUGACACCAAUUCCUGAAAUUGACGCUCAGGAUUUCCCACUCGACUCGAACAAAAAGCCUUACCGAGAGAUGAUUCUGGCCAGUGACAUUUCAAUCUUUCACUUCCGCACGUAUGUGUUCUCAAGGCAGUUGACCUUGCUCCUGAGGGCAGCAAGAGCACCGUCGUUGAUCAACAGUGAAAUGGGUUCGGCCCAAACAACCCCAAAGAAGGACAAAAAACCAGAAGACUUGAUGCUGCUAUCUGAGAUCUGUGAGAGGGCAACUGAAUUCAUCAGUCUCGCCGCACGAACUCUCCGAUACGAUCUGGAGAUUGGGCUCACAAAUGUUGACAAUCCUGCCAAACCGGAGAUCAUCAACAACCUCGUAUCUGCCUGGACUUAUGCUGCUGCGCUACAGAUCUUGUCGCAGACCUUUACUCCAAACCUCUCACUUCCAGAGUCUUCCUUACAUGCCGUCGGUAAAACAGCAGAUGGCGCUGGUCCCGCGGCCGCCAUCGCGGAGACUAGACCUGAUGUCCCCAGACGCUCCAGUUCUUUGGUUGCUGCCCCGCCGAACCGUCCCAAUCGCCCAAAUAGCCAGGAUAUCUUUUCACCUGACUCUAUAAUUCCUAUACACACUCGGUCAGGUACUGAGCCCCUCGUACCCACGUCUACCAUAACCCAAAAGACUGGUUCAGAGCAACUUGCUUCUGGAAGGGGGGAGUUGCUACUUCAAUCCCGACGGGUUCUGGAGGAAAUUGCCUCGGUGUGUGGCUGGAAAGAGAAAUGGAAUGACUUGGGUCUUCUUUUCGAUGACAAGAAUUCAGGAGAGAGAGACAUGGCAGACGUCUCGUUGGACGAUGAGGGUCAGGCGCCGGCUCCGGAGCCCAAGACAGUGCCUUCUAUCCGCGGUAUCGAUUUGCCUGGAUUAAAGGCCGCUUUGAGUUCGAGAAAAGCCUUUCUUUCACAAUACGCCGAGCUUACGGAUCAAAUAUUUCGCCAUCAUAUAACGGCAAAUCGGACCUUUUCCGCUGAAAUGGCCGUCGCAGAUAUUGCCAUCCUACGGUUUCGUCAGGCCGAUUAUAGUGCGGCUGCGUCCUUUUUCCACCACAUUGCUCCGUUCUACGGUAGUAAGAAUUGGGUUGUUCUGGAGGGAAUCAUGUUGGAGAUGUACGCACGCUGUUUGAAGGAGUUGAAACGGAGUGAGGAGUAUGUCCGGAUGGUUCUUCGUCUUUUGGCAAAGUUUGCUGCGUAUAGUCAGGCAAACCUGUCUGGUCGACAAAAGACGCUGGACGCUUCGUCUGUCUUCACUGAAAAGUCGCCAGUCUCCCAAUAUGUUGAUGAGCUAUUUGAGGCCUCUGGUGCCCUCCAGAAGGAAAUCUCAGCACCUCUGGCGGACUUCUUCGGGGAUCUUCGUGUUAACCCUGCAAUUCGCCAUUAUGAGGACAAGGAUGGAUUCCAGAUACAACUUUCCUUGCGGUUCCUUUUGGGGGAAAAGAUUGAUGUCGAGUCGAUCAAAGCCCGGCUUGUAAAUGCCAGUGGCACUCAGAGCAAUGAACAUUGGAUCGAUGCCCCAACCAAGGCCAUGAUUCGGUCGUCACCAACGAAAAUAAUGAUCGAUUCCUCAAUGGUACUAGAAGGGAAAUACUUUGUGGACCGCCUUGAACUUCGAGCUGGCAACAUUGUCUUCACCCUAAUCGGUGGGAAGAAUUCGGCGUUUCCAUUGGGCUUUAGAGAAGUAGUGGAUGCAGAGGAAGAAGACAGCCGACCCUAUAUAUACUGUCAUCCGCCGCCCGAUGGGCUUCGGGCAAAGAUUGUCUCGCCCCAUUUGGUCAAUCUGGAGGGGAUGCGGACACUUGAACUGGAACUUCAUAGUGGAUGGAAUGAUAUCCAGACGGGUACGAUUCGGGUGCGGCCAGCGACUGCUGGGCUACGUCUGAGAAUCGCGGAGGCGGAAGUGGUAGAAGGCGAGAUCAAUAUAGUUGCCAACAACGAAUCCGGCACUAUUGAAUUCACCAAAUUUGGAGCUCAAUCCUUUGUUCGGUUCAGGAUCCCUUACACGGUUGAGGAGCCUCACGCGAUGCUUACGGCGCGAGCAGAAGUUGGAUACGAGACGACUCACGGACGUUUCUCCUACUCUUCGGUACACAGCAUUUCCUCGGCACUACCGAUCAGUGUCAACGUGCAAGACAUCUUCAAGGAUGAAGUACUGUUCUCUCGAUUCACUAUUAGCCCGGCAAUGCUGACCCCACUCCGGAUUCUGGGUUGCAAUAUCCCGAGCUCUGAGGUCUACGAGGUUCAAUCCAGCAUCCGAGAUACGGUUGCGAUGGACGUGUUCCCCAAGCAGCCGGCAUCACUACUCUACAAGAUCCGACAGCGUGAGGAUAGCGUGUCCACGCCAAGGUCAAAACGCUCUCUUCGUCUCAGUGUUGAGUUUACCUGUGUGGAUGACGAGUGUUUGAAUGCGGUCGAGAAGACGUUCAAAGCGGCCAUCGAGGCCAGCGUAUAUCGACCAUACUCCUCGUUGCUCACGUCCCACGUGGUUGAGGCUUUCCGUACACAGCUGUCGCAUUCCGAUAUGGAAGUGAUUGGCCUCACACGGGAAAUUGAAACACUGGCAUAUCAAAGUAUUCGUUGGGAGAAUCUGCUGAGUGCGCUGAAGGAGCCCGAAGAAGGGUUAAGGGCUUGGCUCGGGGAAUGGCACAAGAAAACUCCGAUUAUCAGCUUGGCUGGGCAGCCGCCCAUCCCCAACCGACGCAUCAUCAUCCCUGUAGAUAUCCCUGAAAUCCAAGUGGUGCAUACGGCCGAGUUGAAGCUAGGUAAUCUAUCUGAGCAGCCAGCGCACGCAGCAGUGGGAGAGAUGAUCUCGGCAGAGCUCUGUCUACGUCAUACGCGGAGAUGGUGCUCAACAGAGCAUCAAGAGAAUGCUGGGGAGCCGCUGGAAUUCUCAUACGAGAUUCAUUCCAACCCGGAGAUGUGGUUGAUUGGAGGGCGGAAACGGGGCAACUUCACGGCCAAGGAAGGAGAGACGACCACGUUUGCGGUGAUGCUGCUGCCACAGAAGUCGGGACAUCUUCUGUUCCCAGGGCUGGAGAUCCGCACGUUCGUACCACCCUCGGCAGGACAACGACAGACGUCAACGGCGGCGGGAGUGGGGGGAGCGGGGGGCAUGGCACCGGCCCAACGGCGACAGAUUGCGUGUGAGGUGGACUACCGCAAUCACGGCGAGACAGUGCUCGUACUUCCCGAUCUACGCAAGACGACGGUCAGCCUGAGUCCAUCGGGAGGAAGCCACGGGGGAGGAUCGUGGUUGGUUGACUCGGAGCGAAGAACGGACGUGAGUGUAUAG